UCCAUGCAAUUCGUCGGGCGCAGCAUCACAUAUACAUUGAAAAUCAAUACUUUCUAGGGAGCUCGUACAACUGGUCGGAAUUCUGCAACGCAGGAGCUCUUCACUGUGUCCCUAUGGAGAUUGCACUGAAGAUUGUAAAGAAAAUCAAAGCUGGAGAGAGGUUUGCUGCUUACAUUCUCAUCCCACUGUUUCCUGAAGGUGACCCAGCAGCUGCUGCAGGCCAGGAAAUUCUUUAUUGGCAGAAUUUAACAAUAAAGAUGAUGUACAAGAUGAUUGGAGAUACUCUGCAGGACGUGGGCAGUGAUGCUCAUCCUAGAGACUAUCUUAACUUCUAUUGCCUGGGGAAUCGUGAGCUGCGAAGGGCGGGAGAGCCAGAACCGUCACUGCCGUUUGCCAACGAAGCACACAAGGCAGCAUAUAAGAAUCGGCGUUUCAUGAUCUAUGUUCACUCAAAGAUGAUGAUAGUGGAUGACGAGUACAUCGUCGUUGGAUCAGCAAAUAUCAACCAAAGGUCGAUGGCAGGGACCAGGGAUACGGAGAUUGCUAUGGGAGCUUACCAGCCAGCGUUCACUGUUGCGAGGGUUGGUGGCAAAUACCCCAAAGGCGAGGUGUAUGGAUUCCGGAUGUCACUCUGGGCAGAGCACUUGGCAGCGAUCGAGUCUUCAUUUGAGACACCUUCUUCCCUGGAAUGUGUUCAUAAGGUGAACAUGAUGGCAGAAAGCAAUUGGAACCUAUAUGUCGGGCCCGACAAUGUGGAUAUGAAAGCCCACUUGAUGACCUAUCCAAUCCGCAUUAGCAGGUUUGGUGCCAUGGACGAGCUUCCUGGCUAUGGGAAGUUCCCUGACAUGGGAGGGAAGGUCCUGGGAUGUCCUCAGAAGGCGCUUCCGGAGACGCUAACUACCUAGCCUUGAUCUCGACAGUGCCGGAAAGUGGUGAAGGCAGGGUUCAACAUGAAUGAAUGAAGGAUCAACACACUUUGCUCUUCAAUCAUGGAAGCGUAUGUCAAGGAUAGCACGCCGAAGAAGAGCUAAGCAGGAAAUGUUGUGAAAUGGAUAUACUGCCCACCUGAAUGGGCUUGCCGAGCAAGAUACGGAGGAUGUGACGUGCCAAUCAUUGCGGGGUCGCUGGUAGAGAUGGUCGUCGGGAGGUGGUGAGCACAUUCUGAAGCCAACGCUUGGUUACGGCAGCCUUUUCUCACACCAACCUGGGGGGUCUCCUCCUGUUUCCUCAAGUGGUGACUACAAAAUGCCAGAAUUUUCCCGCAUUGAAUGGUGAGAACCCGGUAUGGUACGUGGCUGCGUCAGGCUCGGCAGGUCAGGUCCGGAGGUAGUGUUACCUGAACCACAAGUACCUCUGAGCCUCUUUUAUUCAAUGCGUGGAUUUCCCCGGCCCUAAAAUUCCGAAUCAUCACCGGCGAGGGCCUGCUGGGAACCGUCAGCCUUUGGGUCUGGCAGGCCAAGCCUUUCCAUAGUACCUUGCUAACCGGCCCAUUCUUGCAGGUAGCAGGGGGGUGCUGGUCGCUUAAACCAGCACUACCUCCGAGCCUCUUUUUGUCGAGGUGGAGUAGAGCUAGGCGUCAAGCUGUGCUGAGCGCCAGCGCGACCUUUUUUCUUUUGUUUUGGCUGACCACGCCAGCAAUUUUGGUCCGGUGGCGCCCGGCCUCCGAAGAAUGCGGUAUAGGUUAUAUUUUUUUCACGACUUAGCCUUCGCCUCUGCAAGGUAGCGGUGGUUUAAGGCCUUUUUUUAAAGUUUUUUGUAAGUCCUGGGAGCAUCCUCCUCUGGAUUCUCAGUGCUUGGCACUCAAUUUACAACCAGAGUGAGAGCGGUUGACAGAGUGUGAAGUGCUUUUAUAGCGACGUUUCGAUGCUUUUAAAGCGGCGUUUCGAUUCACUCACUCGCUGAUCAUCGCGUGUGCAAUGUACUGUUAGCCUGCGGUUUCAGUACUUGUCAUUGCUCUCGCACGGGUGCUGAAGUAUGUCCCACGAGCAUGUUGAUUGAACAGAGGAGGGCGUCUGUUGGCCAGAAAAUAUGAUCUUCUUCUUCUGUUUCAUUGAGCAGUCGUAUGGUCUUGAGGUGUGGCUUCUAGCCAGGUCAGGCAAGCUUUCAUAGGCAAUCCUGAUCUUGUUCUACAUCGUUGGCGAUGACUGCGUGCAGCGGUCCAAUCGAUGGAUGGGACUGGUGGAUCGGGGCUGCUGAGUUCUGCAACAUUAUUGUGGAGACGAAGUGGGAAAGACUUAGUAUAUGCUGUUGUGCUAUUGGCGCCAAUCCCUUCACUGCAAUAGCCGAAUUGGACGACUGGAAUCGGUGGAGCAGAUGUCAUGUUCUCCAACGAACGGGGAGGGAAUGCAGUGAGGCAGUGAGUUUUGAGAAGAGACACAAUGUAAGUGCACAGGACAGCUGCCCAUUGGGAGGAGCACCUGCCUUUUCCCAUCAGAUUGAGUGGACAUCACAAUGGCAGAAUGUAUAUGACCGUGAGCAGCAAAGUGCAUGGCCACUCCUUGAAGCGAAAACCACUUCAAGGACAAAUCAUACCUUUUCGCAGUCCAAUGGCUGGCUGGACAAGGGCAGUGUGACCUUCUUGCCGGUCCUUGUGUCUUUGAAACCGUGCGUGGCUGUGUGUGGUUGGAGAGAACUUUGACUACGGAGGGAUACUCAGGGCCGUCAACUUCUGCGGCACGACUUCCCAUUUCUGCGGGCUGGAUGUUGUUGAUUUCUUCAGCGUAGCUUCUUCAAGUAUGAGAGCCUGUGUUGAUGGCUUAGGUUCUUUGUGCCAUGCACCCUCAUAGCUGCAUACACAGUCUCUAUGUCUGACUGUAAGUACGGCCAAUCCUGGAUUUACUGGACCGCAAAGGACGUCCACAAAUCGUUAGAAAUAAGUCCUAACAGUGUGACUAUGCCCUAAAUGUUCUCGGGAAUAGAGCCAGUUUGUGGAAUGCACCGCGAACUUAGUUGGGUCAAGUGAAUAAUGAGCAUUCAUUCAUAGCUGCGGAAAUAUGCCCAUUCUGACUCUGUGCCAACAGAGCUGCUGGGUAAGGGACUAGGGACUAUGUGGUUGCGCCCUCACCUUCAGCAGUCCACAGCUUUGAUGUCUUACCGGGACUCAGAGAGUAUACAUGCGGGAGCUGCUUCUGUACAUAAUAGCUGUUUCAAGCAGAGAUAUAGAUGAGCUGGGAAAACCAGGGGUGGGGAGGAGGGAGUUCGGCUGUGUUGGGGAGCGUGGUGGUCCCUGGACCUGCUAAGUGCUCCAGGUUUUGUUUUCAGUAUUUUCUUCAACUUUUAUUUUUCCAUUUCCCCCUAUACAUGAUCUCCCCUCCCCCCCACUAAUUUUUCUCCUGUUUGUGGGGGGAGAGCCAAAAUAUGGAUGAUGAGUGGAGGAUGGCAAAAAGUGUUUGUUUGUUUUUUUUCGAGCUAGGGAAAGAUUCUUUAAAUUGUUUUCAUUGAAAGCAUUGGGUAAGAAUUUUGAACGAGUUCAUCAUCGGCCGGAAAGGGAGAGGUUUCAUCCAUUCGGUUCUUAGUUCUUCGCGUUCGGACUUCAAAGGGAUCAUCUUUGAGGCUUCACAUCUUUUUUUUUUAAAAAUGUUCAAUUGUACAACGCAUCGUCUGGGAGGUAGGGGCUUCACUCCGGUGUGUUUCUGAUGAAGAGGUAGAUGGUAGAUAUAACUUGCUUGUUUCGGCAUUGUUCUGCAGUGGACGUCGUCCUCAUGGCUUGUUUGUCUCUCCGUUCUAAGUCUUGAAGCUCGUAACUACUUUUUGUGGAAAAUAGUGUACUUCUGAUGAAGAGCCGGAGGAGUUUGCAGAACAGAGUAUAACUGCGGAAUGCUUUUGCGUUUGCAUUGUAUUGCGGUUGGCGCUGUCGCACGGCUUAUUUGGGAGUUCAACAACAAUAAUGAAGUAAUGGCUGAAUUACCUCAGGUGAGGCCUCUGUACAUGUCUGUUUUUUUUCCCCAUCCAGCGUGAGAUGAACCGGCUGCAGGCAGAGGCUGGUACAUUGAAAGUGUGCCGCCCUCCUUGUGCAUGGUUGAAACUUUGGUCGGCCUCAGGCAGAAUUGUGGUUACGCACACAUUCGGGCAGGGAGUACAAGGGGAGGAGGAAGCUCGUAUCGCUCCUUUAAGUAGACCCCGCCCCGGUCUUGUUAAAUAAAAAAAACAGGGGUGGCGAAAGUAAGGUGUAGGACGGAGGGGGCAGUAUUUUAGAGGAAGUGGAUGGACCCCCCUAUUACGUCAAGAAGAUAACCAUCGACGGAGAGAAUGGCAAGUUGGCUUGCGGCAGAAUCGAUUGGAGAUGGGAGUGGAAUCUGGUUUUGUGAGAUCCCCCCCCCUAUUAUGUUAAGAAGAUAACGAUCCACGGAGAGAAUGGUAAGUUGGCUUGCGGGAGAACCGGUUGGAGAUGGCAGUGGAAUCUUGUUUUGUGAGCCAUUGAAGUGUGUGAGAAAAGGCCGAGAAAGGGAUGUAACAUUGGUUUGCAGCUAUGGGUCUAGGGUGCUCCUCCCUCAUAUCGCCCCCUCUACCAACCCACCACGGGGUUCUUUCAAGAACGAAAACAGUGGAAUCUUGUUUUGUGAUUGAUUUGCGGACUGAUUAUUGUCGGCCGGACUCCUUAGAAUUGUUCUGGUGUGGUUCAAAGGUACACACUUCGCACUGUCACAGGCUUUGUUUUGUGAUUGAUUGAUUGAUUGACGCACUGAUUACGGUGGGGGCUUGGGUGGCGAAAAGGUCCGCAUGGAUAAUUGUUGACAAACAGACUGAAACCCUGUUUCGUAAAAUAAGGCUAGAGGAUACCCCCUUUUUCAGUUAAGGAGUAAAAAGAAAGAAAGGAG